AGCAAAAAACAAAGAUGGCGAGCUAAGUUGCAAUUUCAAUUGAAACCUUCCGGUAGUUCUGUAUUUUUCGCAUUCGCUUUAGCAUUUUAGACACCAAUACACGUUCAAUCACUAUAUUAUAUUGUGAUUAAGAUUUUAACAUUGUUUUAUCUUGUACAAAGCAAGAUUUUAGCUUAAUUUGUGGCGAUCUAUUGUGUUUGCGAACGUCCAAAAAGUUUUCAUCCAUAGUUGUCGUCGUUUUAGUAAGCAUAAAUAUGUUUAGAAUACCCAGUUCUCUACGUUACAUCCGAGGGAAUAGUAAACAGAUCUACAGUUCCAAAGAAUCUGUAAAAUCAGGUUGUAGAUUCUCAAGUAUCAGAAGAUUACACAGCCUUGGUUCAAGAGAAAGUAGGCAGGUUUUAGCUGCAAUCACAAGUCCUCAUGACUCAAGUCACACAGCACUGGGAAUUUCGUUUCAUUACCAUGAAAGAAGUUGCAGAAGAGGUUACUCUUCAAGUAAUGAGGGCAAAGACAAGACUGGUAAAGGAUCUGGAAAUCAGUGGAGUUGCCCAAAAUGUGGAAAUCCAUGUACUAGCGUGGAACCCUCUACUCGUUUUGUGCAAUGUGAAAAGUGUAAUCACUUUUUCCUGAUCUUAUCAGAAACAGAUUCUAAGCGAUAUAUUCAUGUCAAAUAUGAUAAGGCUUCAGGCAAUGAAGCUGAAAAAAAAACCAAGGCAGUACAAGCUCCGCCACCUCCACCAAGAAAGAUUUUUGAAUACUUAAACAAGUAUGUAAUAGGUCAAGGUUUUGCCAAGAAAGUCUUGUCAGUAGCUGUGUAUAAUCACUACAAGCGUCUAUCAGUCAACCUACCACAGUCCCAACAAGCUUCUGCACCAGCUGAAGUCAAACCAGUUCCUGUACAGAGACAAUUUGCUGGAUCACCACAGGAAUUACAGAUGCUUAUGACACAGACAUCAAAUCUUAAUUCUCCCUUGGGAGCAAGUGGUGUCCAUUCACCAACACAAUUACGAGAACAAGCAGGAAGUGACAUACUGGACUCAGAUGUGGAAAAGAUCCAGUUAGACAAGAGUAACAUCCUACUUUUAGGACCAACUGGCUCAGGUAAAACUCUGUUAGCACAAACUAUAGCUCGAUGUUUAGAUGUUCCUUUUGCAAUCUGUGAUUGCACUGCUCUGACACAAGCUGGAUAUGUGGGUGAAGACAUUGAGUCUGUUAUUGCAAAGCUCUUACAGGAGGCUGGUAACAGUGUUGAAAGAGCCCAACAAGGAAUUGUAUUCUUGGAUGAAGUGGACAAGAUCAGUUGUGUUCCAGGUGUUCAUAACCUUCGAGAUGUUGGUGGUGAAGGAGUGCAGCAGGGCUUGUUGAAGAUCCUUGAAGGCACGGUAGUGAAUGUACCAGAGAGAAACUCCAGGAAGAUGCGAGGCGACAGUGUAGCCGUGGACACUACUAACAUCUUGUUUGUUGCGUCUGGAGCGUUCAAUGGACUGGAUCGGAUUAUUAAGAAGAGAAACCAAGAGAAGGUGAUCGGAUUCGGAGCUCCUACGAGUGAUCGCGGUUCCAAAGAAAAAGAGCUUGACAUCUUCAAGAACUCUCAACCUGACGUCAGAGAAGAUAACGCCGAACGGGAUAAACUGCUAAGUAAAGUCGAAGCGCGGGAUCUCGUCGAGUUCGGGAUGAUACCCGAAUUCGUGGGUCGUCUUCCCGUAGUGGUCAGUUUACACUCAUUGGAUGAGGACUCCCUGGUUAAGAUACUCACGGAGCCUAGAAAUGCUCUUGUACCACAGUAUCAAGCGCUGUUUAGUAUGGACAAGGUUGAACUCAAUCUCAGUCCUGAUGCCUUAAAGCUAAUCGCCAAAAAAGCUUUGGAAAAGAAGACAGGAGCUCGUGGAUUGAGAGCCAUAUUGGAGAAUUUGCUCUUGGAACCCAUGUUUGAUGCUCCAGGCUCCAACAUCCGGGCAGUUUUCGUAGACGAACACGUGGUCGAAGGGAACAAAAAGGCUGAAUACGUCAUGGCCCCUGAAGAAGAGGCUCCUAGUGCGGAUGCAAAUGAAGAGGAGGAGGAAAUCUAUGCUGGGGACGCUAGUUCACGAGUGUAGAGUAAUAAAUUAAAAUUGAACGUUCAUAAAUACUGACUGUAACUCAUGGCAUCAACAGUAGACGCCCAAAAUAAUCACACUGUGGAUUGGUUUAUAAUUCAAUAACUAAUUGUUAUUACAUACAAAAGUUUCUAACACCCAACAGAUAUUUCAGAGAAACGCCCAUCACUUGAUAGCCUGUGUUUUAUGUAACUCAGUAAAGCAAACCAGCUGUUAGUUCUGAACACAUCAAAGCUUUUACUGAAAGAAAUUUGUCCUUGCUGUGUUGUUGUACUCGUAUCGUAGUUGUUACAGUGUUUUCUGAGUUUUUAUCUUUUGGUACGUGAUGGGAACUUCCUGAAAAUAUAACAAGUAACUAUAGUGUUGGGCUAUGUAUUUUGAAGGUUUUUUUUCGUAUGGAAGCAUCUAUUGCACAUAGCUUGUGUACAAAAAUGAGAUUAUGAUUUGAUAGCUGAAUGUAUAAAGACCUCACCUUUUACGUGAAUAAAUGUAUUUGACUGACAUCAAA